AUGGCCGACAAGCUUCGCAACCAGCAAGAGCUCGAACGCCUCCAGGCCAAAUAUGUCGGAACCGGCCAUCCAGACACCUCCAGCUGGGAGUGGCGGACAAACAUCCAGCGAGACACGUACGCCUCGAUUGUCGGCCACCGACCUCUUCUCUCCUACAUCUCGCUGGCAGAAAACGAGCCUCUGACCAAGACGCGGGCUCAGCUGAUACGGAAAAUGGUUCAGCCAAGCGGACCUCCACCGCCGCGAGAAGAUUAA